AUGGCGGAUCUUCCGAAGGAGCGGCUAGACGGAUCUCAUGCCUUUGAGAUCACAGGCGUCGACUUUUGUGGCCCUUUUUUCUAUAAGCCAGACCCCCGCAACAAGGCUCCAAUCAAAUGCUACGUCUGCGUCUUCAUUUGCUUUGCGACUAAGGCUGUUCAUUUGGAGCUGAUCAAGGAUUUGUCUACAGUCUCCUUUCUGCACGGCCUAAAGCGGUUCAUAUGCACAAGACGAAGGCCGCGACAAAUUUGGUCAGAUAACGCAACCAAUUUUGUCGGCGCCAGGAAUGAGCUUUUGGAUCUAAAGCGCCUAUUCCUCAGCGACGACCAUCAGAAGACGGUCCUGGAAUUUUGUUUGGUUGAGGCUAUUGACUGGCACUUCAUACCGCCACGCUCCCCGCACUUUGGAGGCCUGUGGGAAGGUGUAGUGAAGACGGCCAAGUAUCACUUCUAUCUGCUAUAG